AAAGAGAGAGAGAGGGAAACUUCUCUUAAACCCUUCAGUUAAAAAUCAGAGCUCCAUCAAUCAACCUCUUCACUGGUUCUUCUCUCCGCUCACUCCAAAACCCUAAAUUCUCCAAAUUCCCAAAAUGUCCCUACCCAGACUCCAAAUCUACCGUUCUUUGUCUACUCUCUCUUCACCCACAGAUGCCCUUUUAGCAGAAAAAGCCCUAACCCUCCUCAAACGCUAUCCAUACCACUUAAAUUCGAUAUCUUCCCAAAUAACCCCUGAAUUAGCUUCAUAUUUGCUUCUCCAAACCCAAAAUGAUCGAACCCUGACCCUCAAAUUCAUUAACUUUGCUAAACCCCACCAAUUCUUUAACCCCCACUGUAAAUGCAUUGCCCUUCACAUUUUAACCAAAUUCAAGCUCUAUAAAACAGCCCAAAAUCUAGCUCAGGACUUGGCUGAAAAUUCUGUUGAUGAGAAGGCGGGGAAUUUGGAAAUGGGGUUGAGGUUUUUUGAAGAAAUGGAGAGAAAUAGAUGUUUGCCGAAUGUGGUUACAUAUAAUACUGUAAUUGGUGCAUAUUGUAAGUUGAAGAGGAUAGAUGAGGCGUUUAAAUUGUUGAGGUCGAUGGGGUUGGAAGGUUUGGAGCCAAACUUGCUUACGUAUAAUAUGGUGAUUAAUGGAUUGUGCAGAGUAGGGAGGAUAGAGGAGACAAGUGGGGUUCUUGCGGAGAUGGAUCGGAAUGGUUUUGCUCCUGAUGGGGUGACUUAUAAUACACUUGUAAAUGGAUAUUGCAAAGUGGGUAAUUUUCACCAAGCGCUUGUUUUGCAUUCAGAGAUGUUGAGGAAUGGAUUGCCCCCUGAUGUUGUUACAUAUACUUCGUUGAUUAAUACAAUGUGUAAGGCUGGGAAUUUGAACCGAGCAAUGGAGUUUUUUGAUCAGAUGCAUGUUAGAGGUCUUCGUCCGAAUGGAGUAACGUACACAUCAUUGAUCAAUGGGUUUUCACAAAAGGGAUUCAUGGAUGAGGCUUACCGUAUUUGGGAUGAAAUGAUUAGAAGUGGUUUCCCGCCCACAAUUGUAACUUAUAAUGCCCUUUUAAAUGGACAUUGUGUUUCAGGAAGGAUGGAGGAGGCCAUAGGAUUGUUACGAGGUAUGGAGGGUAAAGGUUUGUCCCCAGAUGUUGUAAGUUACAGUACUAUCAUAGCUGGAUUUUGUCGAUACCAAGAGUUGGACAGGGCAUUUCAAAUGAAUGCGGAGAUGGUUGAGAAGGGUGUUUCACCUGAUGCCAUUACCUACUCAUCGCUUAUCCAAGGUCUCUGUGAGCAGAGAAGACUGAAUGAAGCUUGUGAUCUGUUCCAAGAGAUGUUGAAUAAGAGUCUGCUUCCUGAUGAAUUCACUUAUACAAGCUUGAUUAAUGGUUAUUGUAAAGAAGGAGAUUUGAAUGAGGCUCUUAAUUUGCAUGAUGAAAUGAUAAAAAAGGGCUUUCUACCGGAUACAGUCACCUACAAUGUGCUUAUUAAUGGACUAAACAAGCAAGCUCGAACAAGGGAGGCAAAGAGGCUCCUGCUUAAGUUGUUUUACGACGAGUCUAUCCCAAAUGGCAUAACAUAUGAUACACUGAUAGAAAGUUGUAGUGAUAUUGAAUUUAAGAGUGUCGUGGCUCUCAUAAAGGGAUUCUGUAUGAAGGGUUUGAUGAACGAAGCAGAUCAAGUUUUUGAAUCCAUGAUUAAGAGAAACCAGAAGCCAAAUGAAGCGGUUUAUAAUGUCAUUAUACAUGGUCAUUGCAGAGAUGGAAAUGUUCAUAAGGCACAUAAACUCUACAAGGAAAUGGUUGAUUUUGGUUUCAUUCCUCAUACUGUGACCAUCAUUGCUCUGGUUAAGGCACUUUACAGUGAAGGGAUGGACGAGCAGUUGAAUCUAGUUAUAAGGGACAUAUUGAGAAGCUGCAAGCUUUCAGAUGCAGAGCUUUCUAAAGCACUUGUUCAGAUCAACCAUAAAGAAGGGAACAUAGAUGCAGUUUUUAAUUUGCUUACUGAAAUGGCCAAGGAUGGCUUUCUUCCAAGCGGUGCAGCUCCUGCCAAUGCUGGCCAGUAGACUUUAUGAUGGAUAAUUCAUUCUAUCUUCUAUCAAUGUUCACUGGACAUAUUUUGUCCUGUCAAGGGCCUGAUGAAGGAAGCUGAAUUUCAGUUUCUUUGCUUUUCUGGUACCUCAAGAUGUUAUGGACUUCAGUUUCACAUUCUCGUAUCCCCAUAUUUUCUUGCCAAUUAUUCACAAGAAUUGUAGAUAAAACUAUGAUGAUGAACUGUGCAUACUAUGUUAUCUAUACUCAAUAUGAUGCAACACCAAUUUACUGCA